AUUUCGUCUUCCAACGAGUCCGAACGAGCUCAACGCCGCCGCCGCAACGCCUGCUUCCGCUGUGGACAAGUCGGGCAUUAUUCCCGAAUUUGUCCACACAGGCGUCGCCCCCAGGCUGGCAACGUGCCAAUCCAGUACGUUUGCCUCCCCAUGCCUAUGCCUGGGUAUCCUUCGUUCGGUUAUGGAGCUUAUCCCUCGGCUCCUGCUCCUGCUCCCGCGGCUUUUCCUGCUGCCUUUCCAAUGAUGGGCCAGAACCCCGGAGCCAACUUAGAUAGCCAUAGUAAUAGAUCGGGUAAUAACUAUUAUUCGCCGUGUGGGCCGGGAUUCAGGCCUCCUUCUCCGCCAGAACUGGAGAAGCCUAUGUUUUGUGGAUCCUUGGUGUCCAGUCCUAUAACGGAGUCACCAACAGUCCGGUUGGUGCUCAAGUUGAGAAUAAGAUGA